AUGCUAUCUCCAUCUACCACUAGUCUACGCUCCCCAGUAAACCGACUCAUCGCCCUACUCUCUUUCCUCGCCAGAGUCUCUUCCAGCUACUUCCUCAUCCGCAUAGUCCCGACCGUCUCCGCCACUUUUUCCAUCGCACGAUGCUGCACCCUCGCCGCCCGCGAAAAUUUCCGCGAAUAUUACGAGGAGCUGUAUCCAUGGCAACUCAGCUCUCUCGAGCAGUGGCUUGUGCCCUUGUCCACGUACAUCUCGCCGUACAUCGGAAUCCUGCUCCUCUGCCCUGUCGGCGACGCCAAGGGGUUUGGCACCGGAGAAGGGCAUCACAGUGCCAUCACGAAAAAGGUCCUGGGUGGUCUGAAUAUCGUCUGGAAACCGGUACAGGAGCAUUUUAGUCUGUUAGGCGAUCCUGCCAGCGCGGUAUUUGGGGCCUUGCACGAGAUUUGGUCGGAUGCGCGCUCCCUGCGGGGGCUGAAGUCCUAUGACCCUGAUAGCCCGGCCCAGCAACGAUCGUGGAUCGCGAUUCUAUCGGGGAAUCUAAAAUGUCCAGACUCAUCCGGCGCCUCCUCGAGCCAUGCACCUCUGCUAGUUGCGUCCCCGGAUAACAAGCAAGUCUCCGAUCUAACAACGGAACCGUUGACGGCACCAGAGAGAGUUUCGGCCGCAGACAGGGCGAUCGAGACGGUGCUCGCCGCGCGAGGAAGCUUCGUGAGCACCAUCCUCCUCCCCGUCAUCCUCAUGUUCGCCGUCACAGCCGCGACGUUCUACGACGCCUACAGCAAGAAGGGGGACAAGAACACCGGGCUCUCGCUCGCGUACUGCGUCUGGUAUUCGUGGAUCAUCGUGCUCGGCGUCGCUUCCAACUCUUCCAUCAGCAUCUUUUCAUCCGAGGCAGCCCACCGCGCGUUUGACGGCGUGAUCGACUUGGGGAAGUUGGAGAGCACGUCCCUCCGCCACCGCUUUAUCAAUGCCCAUCUCUGGAAGUCUUGGUCAGAGGCUACGGAGAACGCUGGGUGGACGGCCAACGCCACCAGGCACGAGUUGAGGGCGGACUGGCGUCUCUGGCUCAGGUUCUGCAUCGGGCAGCUGAUCGGUCUCAGCUGCGUCGCCUUUUCUUCCGCUGGCGCAACGGUGAUUGCUUGGACGACGCCGACGACGGGAUUAGGUUGCAGAUCGUUCAAUUUUAUCCUGUACGUCAUUCUAUCAGCGGCCGCGUCGUUGCUUCGCGUCCUCUACACCUGGAUGUCGCUUGACCCACACGCGAAGACAAACUUCCGAUACCGGCUCCCCGCCCUUGGAUUUCUCUAUUGGCUCUUCGUCGUGGUUAAUUCGCAAGUCAUGAUUCUCGGAACAGUCUUUCACUUGGUCGGUGUCUUCCGUACGUGCUGGUGCGACCGGCUGUUCUGGAACGAGUCCACGCAGAUCGAACUGAACAGCAAGACGACCGAGGCGGUGGAAAAUGCCGAUACGUACUGGCUCUCCACGGCGUACGUGGUAUUCGGAGGUGUUUGGCUAGCGUGCUUCUGUUGCAUGGUCCUUCGAGGGUUCAUCGUGCGGAAGUUGCAAAACUUUAUUGACUGUAAGCGAGCAGUCGCCAAAGAGGCGUGUCGUGCAGUUCGACAAUCCUAG